CCGCCGUCGUCGCCCUUUCUACAGCUUAUUCAUUCAUACAGUCACACCGGUGCGUGGAAGGUUACUAUUUUACUUAUCAGUUUGCAAGAACCUGAUUCGUUUCUACCAUCAAGUUUAAAACUGAGAAGCAUCAUGGUGUUUGUAGCCGACUACCGGAGUGAUACCAUCACAAAGCCAUGUGCUGACAUGAGGAAAGCUAUGAUGGAAGCGGAGGUCGGAGACGAUGUUUUCGGAGAUGAUCCUACAGUGAAAAAACUGGAAGAGACUGUUGCAGCCAUGUUGAAGAAGGAAGCUUCACUGUUUGUGCCAACAGGGACAAUGUCUAACCUUAUCGCUGUGAUGGCUCAUUGCCAGGGUCGUGGUGAGGAGGCCCUACUGGGUGACGAGUCACAUAUCAUGCUCUACGAACAAGGAGGCAUCGCACAGUUUGCAGGGGUGAACCCUCGGACUGUAGCCAACAAGCCAGACGGCACCUUCGACCUCGAGGAAGCAGAGUCUAAGAUUCGGAUGGAAGAUAUCCACUUCCCCAGAACUCGAUUGAUAUGCGUUGAGAAUACGCACAACCAAGCAGGAGGGAAGAUUCUCCCGAUUGAAUUCCUUCAGAAGGUUCGUGCGCUUGCCGAUAAACACAAGCUCAUGGCCCACUUGGAUGGAGCACGACUCUGGAAUGCAGUUGUUGCCAUGGAAACGACCCCGGACACCAUUGCCCAGUACUUUGACUCCAUAUCGGUCUGCCUUUCCAAGGGCCUUGGAGCGCCGGUUGGCUCAUGUUUGGUCGGCAGCAGGGAAUUUGUUGAGAGAGGGCGUCGACAUCGCAAGGCCCUUGGUGGAGGUAUGCGUCAGUCUGGUAUCCUCGCGGCAGCUGGGCUUGUAGCAUUAGAAAAAGGAUUACCGAGGCUGAAGAUAGACCACGCAAAUGCAAAGCUGUUAGCUAAAGGAAUUUGUGAUGGGAAAUUCUCCAGCUACACAUGUGACGUAGUGUCAACAGAGACCAACAUGGUGUACCUUAUGAUGAGCACAGGGGUGUCUGCCAUGUUGGUUUAUAAAAUCUUAGAUGUAGUGUUGGAGGGAGAAGAAGAAGAAUUGGGCCAAGGCAUUCAGGUACGAGUGUGUCCAAUAAACAAAGCAUGUAUCCGACUGGCAGUCAACCUACAUAUUACCCCUGAAUCUAUUGAGAUGACCCUCAAGAAACUAGCCUUCGUCGAUCGUCUCAUCGUGAGUGGAGAGGCAGCCAAUCACCUUCCAAAAUAAAGAAAAUUACAAGACGUUCUCAGAUAUAAAGAAUCCAUAGAAGGACAGUUGGGGCGCCAAACUGUAAUUUUGUACUUUCUCAAAUCAAAAAACUUUUAAGCCUGCGCUCGCACGCUAAUCUAUAGGCAGACAUGCGCAUCACUCAGUACCUGCGCAAAAACACGCACCACAGUCACAUUGGCCGGAAAGGGUGUGACGAACAAGUCUUUGUUAUAUAGAAAUGAUAAUGCCUUCAACUUUUAUCAACUGAUGAAAGUGUAGAUUAUUUGUAUACGAAUCUAAACUCAAAUACAUGUACCAAUUUGCAGUUGAGUGUACAAACUAAAGUGAUAGUUCAAUUUGAAAAUAACUGUCUUUGGAUUUCCAAAAACAUUUUCAGUUAAACAAUUUGCUUUAAUAAUAUAUACACAAUUUUAAACAAAAAAUUGUACUCGAUAAUGUUGCAAGCACCAAAUUGUGUGCUUAAAUUUUUCAAAUAGUUAACUGUGAACAAACGUACAAAGAUUCAGGGAAUGUAGUUUAAAGUCAGAGAUUAGACUCUAAGUGUAGAUUCGUGACUACAAAUUGUCUUCGGCUCGUACAUUCUAUCCACGAAUCUACUCUUUCUCGAUCAC